AUGGGAUUCCACCUGCUGGCGUUCGUGGCGGCGAGGGGGCUCAUGCAGGUGUUCAACAUCUCGGCGCCGCUCAACCUCCGGCUGCCGCUCGCGCGCCACCUUCCCGAGGCCUUCGCCGUCCUGUACGGCGUGCUCGCCUCGCACGCCGCGUGGCUCAACGACGCCCUGGAGCGCGGCGCCGCCUGGAGUCACAGCGGGAGCCGCGGCGGCGUCGACGAGUACGUCCGCUACGCCAUGCUCAACAUCUCCGACUGA